UCUCAUUUCUUAUGCCCCAAGAUUUCUCUAUUUUCCCUUGAAAUUCCCAAACCAUAGAGCUUUCGUUCGUGCAGGUCCUCGUCCUCUCGACUCAUCGAUCCCUUCGACAGCCUUAGUAGCCUCGCUUAAUCGUUAGUGCGCAUUUCAGAUUCAGAAUGUCUCACCCAGCAGUGGAUGUCCCUUUGAAAGGGGGGUUUAGCUUCGAGCUGUGUAGAAGAAAUGAGAUGCUAUCGAAGAAAGGCCUUCGACCUCCGUCAUUUCUCAAGACUGGCACCACUAUUGUUGGCCUGAUUUUUCAGGAUGGGGUCAUCCUUGGAGCAGAUACAAGAGCCACUGAAGGACCCAUUGUUGCUGAUAAGAAUUGUGAGAAAAUCCACUAUAUGGCACCCAACAUUUAUUGCUGUGGAGCAGGGACUGCUGCUGAUACAGAGGCAGUGACAGACAUGGUCAGUUCCCAGUUGCAGCUACAUUGGUACCAUACUGGUCGGGAAUCAAGGGUUGUGACAGCUCUUACCCUUUUGAAGUCUCAUCUUUUCAAGCACCAAGGUUAUGUCCAAGCUGCUUUGGUGCUUGGUGGGGUCGAUGUCUCUGGACCGCAUUUGCACACUAUCUACCCGCAUGGAUCAACAGACACACUGCCAUUUGCUACAAUGGGUUCUGGUUCCCUUGCUGCAAUGGCUGUUUUUGAAUCAAAAUACAGUGAAGGAUUAACUAGGGAUGAAGGAAUAAAGUUGGUGACUGAGGCUAUUUGCUCUGGCAUAUUUAAUGACUUGGGAAGUGGAAGCAAUGUAGAUGUAUGCGUAAUAACCAAGGGGCAAACAGAGUACCUGAGGAAUCACCAGUUGCCAAACCCUCGGACUUACAUUAAUGAAAAGGGCUAUUUAUUCCCCAAGAAGACUGAGAUCCUGCUAACAAAGAUUACACCAUUGGAAGCUGCUGUGGAAGUAAUUGGAGGAGGAGAUGCAAUGGAAGAAUGAAGAUUGUCGUUGAACCAUCAUGCUCAGUGCCUGUAUUGAACUCUGUUGGGUUUAUCUCAUUUUUGCCCCACUGUUCAACUCCUCAUUGUAACAAAUGUAAGCUGCUUCUUUCUGCCAUUGACAUUAGUUUACUCCCCCCAAACUCUGUUUCCUGCAAGACUGGAUCUAGCCAUAUUAUUUUCCCAACGGUAACUUUGGAGAUCAUGGAACUUGGAAAGGAUAUAUAUAUAUUAACAUGUUUUGUGUU